AUGGUCCACAAAAGUCAGAAGCUCAUAAUUAUCAAUUUACAGGAAAAAUUGAUGAAAGACAAUCCAGCAAUUUUAAUGAAAGAUAUUAUUAAACAAUUGUCAGAACACACGGGUAUCGGUACUCGCACCAUAAAAAAAACAUUGUUGGAGUAUGAGAAGACGGGUACGGUUACAUCCCCGAAUACAAAGAAACGUCGUCUAACUUUUAAAGAAAAAAUCGACGACAUUGACAAGAGCGCUAUUCGGAGAAAAGUUCACGAAUUUUAUACCAAUGAAAAAUGUCCAACGUUGAGAACAGUUCUGCAAGCCGUAAACACUGACGAAAAUCUCCCAAAUUUUAAACGAUCGACCUUUCACUCGUUGUUGAAGGAAUUAUAUUUUACAUGCACUACCCGGCUCCGACGUAGCAUCCUGACAGAGAGAGAAGAUCUAAUUGUUUGGAGGAGAAAAUAUCUGAGGACUAUUGAGAGAUACCGAGAAGAGGGUCGGCAAAUUUAUUACCUGGACGAGACCUGGAUUGACGCCGAUGACGCCACGAAUAUAGUUUGGGUGGAUGAAAUAGUUAAAUCCGACGAGGACGCAUCUUCUCCGUUGACUACGAGGCGAACUAAUCCAAGCGGAAAAGGCAAACUAUUUAUUGUUCUACAUAUUGGAAGUGCUGCCGGUUUCGUUCCUGGCGGGCUUCUAUGCAUCGAAUCGAAGAAACACAUGGGGGAUUAUUUUGACGAAAUGAACGGCGACACAUUUCACGAAUGGUUCAAAAAUAUUUUACCAUUGCUAGACGACAAUGCUGUUAUCGUCAUGGACAACGCUCCGUAUCAUUCCGUGAAGGUGGAAGAACUGCCGAAUGCUUCCUGGAGAAAAGACGAAAUAAUAAAAUGGUUAGAGGAUAAAGGAAAAGAAAUAUCAGAGACUAUGGUAAAGGCCGAACUCUUGCAAAUUGUUACACUACACAAAGACAGAUUUGAUAAAUAUGUCACAGACGAAAUGGCAAAACAGGCCGAUAAAACGGUUCUCAGGCUACCUCCGUAUCAUUGCGAACUUAAUCCGAUUGAAAUGGUAUGGUCAAUGGUUAAGGGAUACGUUAAGAUUAAUAACAACACUUUUAAAACUCAAGAUGUAAAACUAUUACUUGAACAAGGUAUCGAACGGGUGACCGCUGAACAUUGGAAUAAUUUUAUUAAGCAAGUUAGAGAUAAAGAGAAAAAGAUGUGGGAGAUCGACCAUAUAGCUGAUAGACUGAUUGACAGGACAUCCUUACAUGUCACAGGUGAAACAGAUUCUGAAACCUCUGAUAGUGGUUAUUAAUCCUGUAUGCCAAGCUUGUGUGUAAAAUUACCAUUUUGUAACUUCUAUGUGAUAUUAUUAUUUUAUGUCAUCUUUGUAUAUUUAUUAUUAGAAUAUUUUAUAUUCUGCUGACUUAUCUCAGAAAACGUGCCGUAUUUACGUACACGGUACUUAGCAGCAUGUCACGCUCUCCUCACGUUGCUCGCCUAUGUGCCGACCGUGGAUGGUGCUCUCGUUGGAGUAAGGUAAAUGUACCAAUGCCUGGACACGUAUCUAUGCUGGACAUUUUUAUCAUUUAGUCCUUAAAUAAGUUAUA